CGAGCCGCUCGAGAACUCAGCCAGCGAGUCGUCUGACACAGAGCUGCCAGAGAAGGAGCGCGGCGGGGAACCUAAGGGGCCGGAGGACAGUGGCGCAGGCGGCACGGGCUGCGGCGGCGCGGAGGACCCAGCCAAGAAGAAGAAGCAGCGGCGGCAACGUACGCACUUCACAAGCCAGCAGUUGCAAGAGCUGGAGGCCACGUUCCAGAGAAACCGCUACCCCGACAUGAGCAUGAGGGAGGAGAUCGCCGUGUGGACCAACCUCACCGAGCCGCGCGUGCGGGUCUGGUUCAAGAACCGGCGGGCCAAGUGGCGGAAGCGCGAGCGUAACCAGCAGCUGGACCUGUGCAAGGGCGGCUACGUGCCGCAAUUCAGCGGCUUAGUGCAGCCCUACGAGGACGUGUACGCCGCCGGCUACUCCUACAACAACUGGGCCGCCAAGAGCCUAGCUCCAGCGCCGCUGUCCACCAAGAGCUUCACCUUCUUCAACUCCAUGAGCCCGCUGUCGUCUCAGUCCAUGUUCUCGGCACCCAGCUCCAUCUCCUCCAUGACCAUGCCGUCCAGCAUGGGCCCGGGCGCCGUGCCCGGCAUGCCCAACUCGGGUCUCAACAACAUCAACAACCUCACCGGCUCCUCGCUUAACUCGGCCAUGUCACCGGGCGCCUGCCCCUACGGCACACCCGCCUCGCCCUACAGCGUCUAUCGGGACACGUGCAACUCGAGCUUAGCCAGCCUGAGGCUCAAGUCUAAGCAGCACUCGUCGUUCGGCUACGGCGGCCUGCAGGGCCCGGCCUCCGGCCUCAAUGCGUGCCAGUACAACAGCUGACCGCCCAGCCUGGCCACGCGGGCCGGCGGCCGACAGGCAAGGCGCGGGGCUGGCACGGAGGGCGCACGCGGGGCCACAACUCGCCGCGCCGCAGACCUCGCACCUGCGCAGCCCCCUCCUCCCCAUCUCCCCACCUCCAGGUUUGGUUUUGUGUUUGCUUUUCCGGACCCCACUCUGCCCUCUACAAAACAAAACAAAAACAAAAGACAUCGGAGAAAAGUGCCGCGGAAAAAAAAAAAGAAAAAUGGAUGAGUUGCAAUUUCCCUCGGGAAGGCGCCGGUGGUGUGUGUUGGUUCCCACGGGCCCCAGCGGCCCACUCCGCGGAGGGGACGCGGCGCCAGAAGUGAGAUCUGAGGGCCGGCAGCAGCAGAGGACGCCCUCAUAGCCCGCAUCCCCGCCUGAGCAGCUGCGCCUGCAAACUGACUGUGCGGAGCCCGGACAGGCCGGGGAUCCUCGGGCCGGUGCGAACCAAAAUGCCCACUCCUAGCUGGGUCCGGCCGAGCGUAAUUAAACUCAAGCCGAAUCCCAGUUGGAGGGAGCGUUGGGCUGGGAACGGUACCCAGCCCGGGAUCCGGCACUCACCGUGGAUUCGCACUAGCCCGGUGGCGCCCCCCCCCCCAAGCCCUAGCCUGCCCGCGCUCCGGAGCCCUUUAUUAAGGCCAAGGAGCCACAGCUGGCCGUGCAGACAAGGCAGGGGUUGGGGUGGCUCGUCUCAGAGCACCCCUGCCCCAGCUUAGUCGCAGGCUCAGGCCCUCUGCUCCGUUCCCGGUCCAGGAGGUGGCCCCCUGUCCCGGAGAACAACCCCCCUCCUUACCGCCCGCCGUGCAAGAGUCGAGCCGGAAGAGCGCGGGGCGCGGCCCCAGGGCCCUGCGCCCACUUUGCACACCCGCUCUCCGGCCCGCGCCCCUGUUUACAGCGUCCCUGUGUAUGUCGGACUGACUGUAUAGAAUUAUAAAUCUGUCUAUAUCGACUUGUCCAUGUACGUCUAUUAAAACCAUAGUCCGAGCGUGCUAAGCA